CACUGCACCACAACGCACCCUAGCUCUGGCUCGCCAUAGCAGGGAACCCCUUUCCUUUCCGUCUUUUCUUUCUCCGCGACGCCCUCGCUCGCUGGCCCUUGGCGGUAGACGUUAAGACGCCAACAUGUCGGAUGCUGGAGACAGCCACCACAAGCGGUCCAAAUCCGCCGCAGCGCUCUCCCUCCUGCGGCGCAAAGAUACGCGCGAAGAAGAAUCCGGCUCGGAAGACGGUCGUGCCCCUCGAAUCUCCUCCUCCAACCCUGUCAUGUCCAUGACACACCAGCCGAGUGUUCGCGGCCACGGGCCCAAGCCCUCGACAUCGUCAACCCCCCUCUCGACGCCCCUCAGUCCCGUCACCUCUGCGCAGCCGCCGCCGCCGCCCCCCAAAACCUCCGCCGGCCUCCCCUCAGAAAAGACCGCCAGCCUCGAGCAGUCCGUCCGCAAGUUCAGGGUCGUCGAGGCCCUCCGAAGUGGCGACACCGCCUCCAUCUCCCGCGCGAUUCGAGAUACCUCCGACAAUGGACCCCGAAGCAGCAUCUCUUCUAUGGGUACUUCGGGCACCACCCUCGACGACACCACGCUCUUGCACCUGGCCAUCCAGUGCUCCGAAUUCCCCGUCAUCGAGUAUGUCCUGUCCGACGGGCUUGGCACCAUCGAUGUGAAUGCCCGUGACAAGGAUGGCAACACCCCCCUGCACUUGGCCGCCAUUCAGGGUCGCACCACCGUUGUCAAGCUUCUCCUUGAGCAAAAGGACAUCAACGAUGCCAUUGCGAACUCCCAGGGCAAGCUGCCCAUCGAUGUGGCCCGGAACCCCGAAAUCUUCCAACUGCUUCAGCUCUCUCGCUCGCUCUUCGCCGAAGCCAAGGUCAAGCAGGUCCAGGAUCUCAUCGCUAGGGGAAACUAUGGCGCCCUCGCCGGCGUCCUCGAGGAACACCGCGUCAAGACCGUUCUCGACAUCAACAGCCCUGAAUUUGCAUCCGAGCAAUUUACGGUCCAGACCGGUGGCACCCUGCUCCACGAGGCGGCGAGGAAGAGGAACACCAACCUUAUCCAGGUCCUACUUCUCCACGGCGCCGACCCAUUCCGACGCGAUCGCAAGGGAAAGCUCCCUCAGUCUGUCACCACUGACGACGCCACCAAGGCCAUCCUGAAGAAAUCCCCGGCAGCUGUUGCCGCUCAGCGAGGAAUUCAGGAGAAGGCGGUCCUGGGACACGCUGCCUCCCAAGGCGCUGCUGCAGCAAGCCCCAGCGACCCGCUGGCAGGACGAGAGGCCCGCGAGAUGAAGGGCUACCUCAAGAAGUGGACCAAUUAUCGUAAGGGAUACCAACUACGAUGGUUCGUGCUCGAGGAUGGAGUCCUGAGCUACUACAAGCACCAGGACGAUGCUGGUUCCGCUUGUCGCGGUGCCAUCAACAUGCGCAUUGCCAGGCUCCACAUGAGCGCCGAUGAGAAGACCAAGUUUGAAAUCAUCGGCAAAUCCUCCGUCAAGUACACGCUCAAGGCGAACCACGAAGUCGAGGCUAAGCGCUGGUUUUGGGCUCUCAAUAACUCCAUCCAGUGGACCAAGGAUCAGGCCCGAGAGGAAGAGAAACAGGCCGCACGAAGUGCCGAGCUUCUCAGGUUAGCCAAGGCCGACCAGAGCACCCUCUCCAUCCAGGAAUCGUUCAGCGAGAACACCAGCGUGACCGACCUGCGCAGAAACAGCUCCCAGCUCCCCAGCAGGACAUUCUCUAAGCACUCCGAGCAGCGACCUAAUUUCCCUGGUCCGAGCACCAUUGGAAGCAUGGACGAGGAUGAGUUUGUCGAUGUUGCGACUGACGCAGACCAAUCAAGGGUCCCUAGAAACGGGGGCGGCCCGCACACGCACAACGACAUGGACGAUGACGACGACGAUAUGAGCCUUCACGAGGAACCGACUGCUACCAAGGAUGCCCUCAACAUCACUGCCCAAUCCGCUAAACUCCAGCUGGAGACCAUGUCUCAUGUUCACACCGCCCUCAUGCACGAGCUUUCUCAGAAUCCUGCUGCCACCCUUUCCGAUCCUUCUGUUUCUCAGGCUUUCAGUACCUACGAUGCUGCUAUUCGAAGUUUGACGACUCUGGUCGGAGAUCUGUUGAGGAUAUCAAAGGAUCGCGAUGCGUACUGGCAAUAUCGCCUGGACCGUGAGUCCAACAUGCGCCGUAUGUGGGAGGAGAGCAUGGCGCAGGUGGCUCGGGAACAAGAAGUCCUCGAGGCUCGCGUCGGCGAGGCGGAACUAAAGCGCAAGAUGACCAAGCGGGCGCUCAGGGAGUUUAUGGAGAACGGAAUGCCUGCCAUCGAUCACGACACCACCAGCAUCCAGGAGAAGCCCGAAGAAGAGAAGCAAGACGAUGAAGGGAAAACGCCUGCGGAGGAUGAAUUCGAGGAUGCGGAGCCAGCCCUUGUCGUACCGAAAUCGCCCUCAAGGAGUGUCCGGAGGAAGCCUACAAUUAUGGUCGAAUUGUCGGACACUGAAGAGGAGGAUGAGGAUGAAUUCUUUGACGCGGUAGAUGCUGGCGAGGUGGAAGUGGCAGAAUUGCCAACGGACGAGUUCAAGACGGAUACUCAGGACAUUAUUGUGUCUGGCGGUAUCGACAUCAGCGGGUCAUUUAAGGGUUACGAGAAUGGUAUCAGGACGAGGCUCAAGAUGGAUGCCGAUAACCGACCCAAGAUUUCCCUCUGGGGCAUCUUGAAGUCCAUGAUUGGAAAGGAUAUGACCAAGAUGACACUUCCUGUCUCAUUCAACGAACCCACUUCGCUGCUGUAUCGUUGUGGUGAGGAUAUGGAGUAUGCCGACCUUCUUGACCUGGCUGCGGAUCGAAGUGACUCUAUCGAGCGACUUAUCUACGUUGCCGCGUUUGCUGCGAGUGAGUACGCCUCGACCAUCGGACGAGUGGCCAAGCCCUUCAACCCUCUUCUGGGAGAGACGUUUGAGUACGUGCGACCCGACAAGAACUACCGCUUUUUUAUCGAGCAAGUCAGCCAUCAUCCCCCAGUUGGCGCGGCCUGGGCAGAAUCACCUAAGUGGACAUACUGGGGUGAGUCGUACGUCAAGUCCAAGUUCUACGGCAAGUCUUUCGAUAUCAACCCUCUUGGUACUUGGUUUUUGAAGCUGCGACCAACCGCCGGAGGCAAGGAGGAGCUGUACACGUGGAAGAAGGUGACGUCUUCGGUUAUUGGCAUCAUCACUGGAAACCCUACUGUCGACAACUACGGACCAAUGGAAAUCAAGAACUGGAACACGGGCGAGGUGGCCAUGGUCGAGUUCAAGCCACGUGGAUGGAAGGCGUCGAGUGCAUACCAGAUUUCCGGAAAGGUGCUGGACGCGUCUGGCAAUGUACGAUUCAGCAUGGGCGGCCGAUGGAACUCCAAGUUUUACGUACGCCUGACGCCUGGCUACGAGGCGCCUGUCGACGAGCCCAAGGGCGACGCUCCUGUGCACCAGGGUGGUGGUCUUUCCGACCCAACGCGGGCUUAUCUCGUCUGGAAGGCUAACGAACGACCGACUGGAAUCCCCUUUAACCUCACACCAUUCGUGCUGACGUUCAACCACAUCGACGAUCAACUUCGACCCUGGAUCGCCCCCACCGACUCGCGACUGCGACCUGACCAACGUGCGAUGGAGGAUGGAGAUUACGACUUUGCUGCUGAGGAGAAGAACCGUUUGGAGCAGGCCCAGCGAGCACGACGACGAAUCCGUGAGGAACAGGGCGAGGAGUUUGCGCCAGCAUGGUUCCAGAAAGCGCGGUGCGAGGUGACGGGCGAGGAGUACUGGCAGUUCAACGGCAAGUACUGGGAGCAGCGAGAAAAGGCGGGACCGGACGGCGAUCCCAACGCGUGGGCGGGACUGGAGCCCGUUUUCGAAGACGAGCCGGAGCAGCAGUAUUAGAGGUUGUGUAUGGAGCGAGGAGUGUCUGGCGUGCUGGGAGGCAACAUAUAUACAAUGUGUUUGAAUAGCUAGAAUGGGGUGGACUUUGCUCGCUUGGAUCGCCAUCAGCCUGUGGUUGCGUGUACCGUUUGAUUUGAACCU